AUGGCAAGGAGACAGACAAGAGGACGUCAGCCAACUAUAAUGAGACAAAUUGAAAAUGUGGAGGAUAAGCUCAUAACAUUCUCCAAGCGCAGAUCUGGUAUCUAUAAAAAGGCAAGUGAGCUUGCAACCCUAUGUGGUUCCGAGGUGGGAGUAGUAACAUUCUCUCCUGCCGGAAAGCCCUAUUCAUUUGCUGAUCAAUCAAUCGGUUCGAUUGCAAACCGGUUCCUCGGCCAAAACCCUCCGCAAAAUGAUGGUGCUGACACCUUAGUUGAGUCAUAUCGUCGAUUGAGGAUUGGUAAGCUCAAUCAACAAUAUGAUGAGCUUGUUAAUCAAGUUGAAGCCGACAAGGCACGAGGUCGACCACCAAGCUCGAUAAAGAUCGUUGACGAAUCAAUAGCACAAAACAAACUCUUCAAUAGAUGGAACCUAGAAGGGAGAAAUCGAAGAAAAGUGGUGAAUGAGUUACCUGCACGAUGGAAACCACCUGAGAAGGGAAAGCUGAAAUACAACGUGGAUGGCUCAUGGUCCGGCGACUCACUUGAGGGAUCCAUAGCCGGAAUCUGCAGGAAUUCCGACGGCGUUGUCAUCGAUGGUUGUGCCGAGAAGACCCGUGCGGAUUCAGCCCUUGCGAUUGAAGCCCUAGCUCUCCAUGCAGUUCUGUCGAGGUUGGAAGAGACACAGAAAUUGAAGACUCCAGUUGAUCUGAGCGCCGAAGUGCAAGUAGUCACGGACAACUCAUCAAUAGCAGAGUACUUAUGA